AUUGAUCCCCUGCCUGUAUACCGUGAACUUGACAAUCUACCCUUCCGGAGACGACACCACGAGACGUUCUCGUCUCGGCUCUGUCUUCGCUAUCUAUCCCUCAAAGUGCAAUGCUUUUCACUUGAAAACUAUUUGAGAUGCCAUACUACCCUUGUUCGGUGUGCAUCCCACUCUCGGUUCUCAAAUUGUUGUCGAUCUCUAGUGUCGUUGGAAAGGCAUGCUGUGAUGUGGCGUGCCUCUACCUGCUCGUCAAAUCUCACUCUGAUUAUAUUGUUUCAUCUGGCUAUCGACUGAUACCGGUGUUGGUAUUUCGAAGUGAAGAUGUGCAGAGUGGAGCAGUCCCUGGAUCUAUCUUCUACAAGCCUUUGCUACACUGGAUGAGCGCAGACAUAAUACAAAUCUCUCCUCUACGCAUAAUGACUGAGUAUCACAGCACAUCCUGAUAUCGCGUAACGGGAAACCUUGAGGGACGUACUUGUCCAGAACAAUCUCGGAAGCUAUACGUAGCUGGCGA